UAUGAAUGAUUUCUAGUACGAGGUAACUGUACAAAUUCCCAAAACGUUGGAUAGGCAUGGAAAAAGUAACAAACCCAAAUAAUCCUGUUGUCUUCUUUGAUGUUUCGAUUGGCAACACUGAUAUUGGACGGAUAAAAUUUGAGUUGUUUGCUGAUGUUGUUCCAAAAACGGCGGAGAACUUCAGACAAUUUUGCACAGGGGAAUAUAGGAAGGAUGGCGUGCCAAUGGGAUUCAAAGCCUGUACAUUUCAUAGGGUGAUUAAAGAUUUCAUGGUACAAGGCGGUGACUUUUUAAAGGGAGAUGGCACUGGUGUCUGCAGCAUUUAUGGAGGAGGACCCUUUGCCGACGAAAAUUUUAAACUUAAACACACUGGACCUGGAAUGCUUUCUAUGGCAAACAGCGGCAGAGACACAAAUGGCUGUCAAUUCUUCAUCACGUGUGCAGCGUGUGAUUUCCUGGACAACAAGCAUGUUGUAUUUGGAAAAGUAAUCGAUGGACUUCUGGUUUUAAGAAAAAUUGAGAAUGUGCCGACAGGGCCAAACAACAAGCCAAAGAUAGCUGUAGUCAUAACGCAGUGUGGGGAAAUGUGAAGCUAAUACAAAUGUAGUACUGUGAAAAUGACUGAUACAGUAUUAACUUGACUGGACAAUCCUGGAGACGAAGAACAUGACUGGUUACGAAAGCUAUGUAUAUUCUGACCAUGUUAACAGAGACGUGAAGGGGCAUCAAAACCUCAGUUCAGCAGUUGGAAUGAGAUUGAGGUCAUAUGACAUAUUUGUAUCAACAAACUACUUGCAAUUCUAUUUAUUUGUUGUGCAGAAUGCCUUUGAGUGCAAAUAAGGAAAAAGAUUAGCCUAUUUUAUACUUUUCACAUGUAUGAUGGUACCACAAUGUGUUCUCUGUUGUUAACAAAAAAAAUUACAUUAAAUUUUUAAAAUAAAUUCU